AUGCCCAACUACAAGGUCGCCGACAUCUCGCUUGCCGCCUUCGGCCGCAAGGAGAUUGAGAUCGCCGAGGGCGAGAUGCCCGGCCUGAUGCAGCUGCGUGCCAAGUACGGCCCCCAGCAGCCGCUCAAGGGCGCCCGCGUCACCAUCUGCCUGCACGCCACCGUCCAGACGGCCGUGCUGGUCGAGACCAUCACCGCCCUCGGCGGCCUCGUCACCUGGUCGUCGUGCAACAUCUUCUCGACCCAGGACCACGCCGCCGCCGCCAUCGCCGUCACCGGCGUGCCCGUCUUUGCCUGGAAGGGAGAGACCGAGGAGGAGUACAACUGGUGCAUCGAGCAGACGCUCAAGGCGUUCCCCGGCGGCGAGGGCCCCAACAUGCUGCUCGACGACGGCGGCGACCUCACCUGGAUGAUCCACAACAAGUACCCCGAGAUGCUCGCCGGAAUCAAGGGCGUGUCCGAGGAGACGACGACCGGCGUCCACCACCUUUACACGGCCAUGAAGAAGGGCACGCUCAAGCUUCCCGCCAUCAACGUCAACGACUCGGUGACCAAGUCCAAGUUUGACAACUACUACGGCUGCCGCGAGUCGCUCGUCGACGGCAUCAAGCGCGCCACCGACGUCAUGCUGGGCGGCAAGGUGGCCGUCGUCGCCGGCUUCGGCGACGUCGGCAAGGGCUGCGCCGAGUCGCUCCGCGGCUACGGCUGCCGCGUCAUUGUCACCGAGGUCGACCCGAUCAACGCCCUCCAGGCCGCCAUGGCCGGCUACCAGGUCGACGUGCUCGACGACGUUGCGCCGAUUGCCAACAUCUUUGUCACCACGACGGGCUGCCGCGACAUUAUCACCUCGAAGCACUUUGAGGCCAUGCAGGACGACGCCAUCGUGUGCAACAUUGGCCACUUUGACAUUGAGAUUGACGUCGCGUGGCUCAAGGCCAACGCCAAGGAGGUGGUCAACAUCAAGCCCCAGGUGGACCGCUUCACGCUCCAGAACGGCAAGCGCAUCAUCCUGCUCGCCGAGGGCCGCCUGGUCAACCUCGGAUGCGCCACCGGCCACCCGUCGUUCAUCAUGAGCGCGUCGUUCUGCAACCAGACGCUCGCCCAGAUCGCCCUGUGGAACGACCACGAGGGCAAGUACGAGAAGGGCAAGGUCUACAUGCUGCCCAAGGAGCUCGACGAGGAGGUCGCCAUGACGCACCUGGCCAAGCUCAACGUCAAGCUGACCAAGCUCACCCAGGUCCAGGCCGACUACCUCGACCUGCCCGUCGAGGGCCCCUUCAAGCGCGACACCUACCGCUACUAG